AUGGUUCUAAAUAUUAUCCCUGACAACCAUGCAGACUUAUUUCCGUAUGUAUUGAUCGUUAUGACUGCUAUUUGUCUUGAAUGUUUCUUGACUUCAUUCAUCUAAGGAUCAAAGAGGAAAGUAUUUACCAAAAUUAUGGAGAAGUUCAAAGAUUAGCACUUGCAAGACUUCAAUAAGAAACCUGCAGCCAUUGGCCAUCCUGAUUGUGGGUAUGGGAGAUACUCAGAUGAAUUGACUUAUAAAGAAUGGUUUGAUUACAAUAAUGCAUAAAGAGUGCAUUUGAACUUCGUGGAGUAAUUGCCAAUUAUGAUGGUCCUGAUUUACCUAGCUGCUUUGAAGCAACCACUUGCAGCACUCAUAUUGUCUUGCACUUACUUUGCUUGCAGAUUAGCUUAUGCGAUAAGCUAUAUAGGUGGAGGGCCUAACCUAAGAAUUGUUGCAACUGCUCCUAGUUUUGGAAUUAAGUGGACUCUUUAUGGUCUUAGCUUUUAUACAGUAUCAUGUUACCUGGAUCAGUAUCCAAAAAAUUGA